AUGGACCUGCGCACGAUCAUGAAUACUGACGCCGCGGGCGCCUCCUCCAAUGCCCCCCCCGUGCGCCAGUCGUCGCUGCCCGAGACUGGCUUCCCUCGCCCGUCACCACAGGCCGCCGCUACGCCCUCAUCAUACCAGCCCGCCGCCGCCUAUCCAGGCCACCCGCCGCAGCCUCCGCCGAUACAGCCGCCGCCCCAUGGCUCGCCAGAACGGUCGGCCUCCUACAGCUCGCUCCAGUAUGGGUCGCCGACGGCCCUGCGGAGUGGCUCGCGAGACUCCUUCUCGACGACCGCGCCCGCCUCGGCCGUCUUCAGCCCGCACCAGAAGAAUCAGGCGCUGCCUGCCGCACCGCUGGCCUCGCCCUACACGCCGCAGCAGCCCAUUAGUGCGGGUAUCUCGCACCAGGAAGCACCCUCGUACUUCUCGCAGCAGCGGUCGCACUCCAUCCAGUCGGUCCUAUCCCCCUCUGCCCUUCCCAGUUACUCAUUCUAUCCCAGGGACAGCCCAACGUCCACCGCGUCGCAGCCCCUGCACGCGCAGCAGUUUGCCUCCGGCGCCCAACGCUCCCUCCCAGGCACUCCUCUCGGCCCUCCCUCGGCCACCUACUCGCGUCCGUCACCCCAGUCCGCCCGGCCGCUCUCCUCGGGUCAAGACUCGCUCCAGAACCCCUUGUCUAGUCCAUGGAUCGGUCAGGAUACCCCCGGCCAAGACCACAGGAAUCUGAUUCUGUCCCCGUCCGCACAGCCCCGUGGCUCCCUUCAGGAUUCAGCCUCCCUGGACCGACUCUAUUCCGCCGCCGAGACUGAUAAAGAAAGGAGUGUCAGUGUGAGUCCCAAAACCAUUGUUCGGCCCGUUGCAAACCAGGUCCAUGUUCCAGGAAGCCGUGUACUGAUCACUACCUCGUACCGCGUCCAGCCCGAGGAUGAGAUGUGGAAAGAAGACUCCCCAGGAUCCAACCGCUCAUCGCGCCCGAAGGUUCCCAAUCGUUCCUCCUCCUCCACCACCACCACACCCGGAGCCCCGCAGACCGUGAGCUCGCCGGUCUCAUCACGACUCCUAUCGUCCAGCGAUCCAUCAAUGGCAGUGCCUCGACAGUCUCUUCCACCUAGGGAGACCCUCCAGGCGAAUUCGAGUCCUCGUCCUUCCAAAAGGAAGAAGCUCAGGUACACUGACCCACCUAUCUAUGCUCAGAGAACUCCUCGACCCAAUGCAAAAUGCCCCGUCAUCCCUCACUGCCAACCCCCCAUUCCUAAACACCUAAGAGAUACGCCCCAAGAUCCAUGGGCAUCUCGACAGCGAGCCGCAGCCGCAGCAGCAGCAGCAGCACCUCCAGCAGCAGCACCUCCAGCAGCGGCUACAGCUACAGCUACAACAGUCACCACCGCCACCACCACCAACACUACCACUGCCACUGCCCCUGCUGUACGAGCUACGUCCGCGGCACCGGCUGCACCACCAGUGGCGAGAAACCGUAUUAAUAGCACAGUUUCAAUAAACGGGCAAUCGUCCCAACCACCCCCUCUUGAGGUGUCCAAGCCCGAGGGAUCUCUAGGCCAGUGGGAGCCCUCGAUAACUGGGUUCAUCCCCCACGAGGAGAUCACCAAGCAGAUCUGCGACUUCUUAUUCCAGCACGUCGUUCUCCGCAAGGACAUUGCUACUGGGCCCGCCGGCGCCGCGGCGGCUGGCCAGGGGGCGAUCAUCGAGGUGGAAGCGAAGCUGGGACACAUCAUUGACAUGGACCGUGGGGAGAGGCUACGCUUGCCGGUGCUGACGGAAAGCGUUCUGAACCGAGAGGAUCCUCGACUACGUACUUCGUUUGAAAGCUCCAUGAGUCAAGCACAACAUCGGGCAAUGAACAACUUCUUAAACGACGCCGUCAAGGCAAGCAUGCCCCAAUCCAAUCCCGGCCGGAUACCCCUCUCGUAUGCCCACAAGAAGGAACGCGACACAUUCUAUGAGGUACAAGCCUCGGACCUCCCUCCCAUCAUCCGCCAGAACCUCAACCCACGUCACAAGCCGCGAGUGCGCGUCACAACCGACCAGCGCACCGGUGAAGUGCUCGCCAAGAUCGUCAAAUGCCGUCUGGCAGACAUGGACGUCUACAGCCCAACGACGUGCGUGGACUGGCGCGUCAGCGUCAACCUGGAGAUGGAGUAUGACGGCGACGUGCGCAGCCUCGUCGUCGCCGACACCAUGAAGGGCGCCCGUGGCGCCCGCAACAAAGACCGCAUGAGCUAUCGCCAUCUUGCCUACCAGAUCGACCUUACCCAAGUCGCCAGAUCAGAAAACCCCAAGCCAGAUUUCGACCACGAGCUCGAAAUCGAAAUCUCCGGCGCCGAAAUCCGUCGCCAGGGUCAACUCGCUAUAGACGGCGAUCCAGAUAACCAGUAUCCGGACCUCAUCAAGGGUUUCGUGGAUAACAUCCGCACCCUUGCCCGUGCUGUACCUCCGUAA